UAGACAGUAGCGUCACAGCAUGGCGGAAGUGUCGGUGCACGGAACCCUCUCUGGGUCCUGAUGUUUUUUUAUGUAGUUAUUUCAUUGACACUUCAAAUAAACUAGACACAGAGAGCAGUGCACGUUAAUGUGUUUGUUUCCUCUGACCUCCCACGAGUCAGAGCGUCUGAACAUAUUUAUUAAGUCCUGGUGACGCCUGUUUGGCUGGACCUUGUCUCCACGGAGAGCUCAGAGUGGGCUGGAAGCUUCCACGGCCGGAAGAACACAACCAACGAGGAGGGCAUGGAGGUAGACUGCCAGCCCGAGGAGUCCAUCGUCUCUGCUUUUGAUGAGGACUCAGUUGAGCUCGGCGACGUCAAAGACAUGCGGCUGGAGGCGGAAGCGGUGGUCAACGACGUCCUCUUCGCCGUGGCCGAAAUGCACGUGUCACAAAAUCUCAACUGCGCGUCGGAUGUCGCCUACAUAAAUGUGGAAACAAGAGAAGGAAACCGUUAUUGUCUGGAGCUCACGGAGGCCGGACUGAGGGUGGUGGGCUACGCUUUCGACCAAGUGGACGAGGAGCUGAGCACCCAGUAUCACGAGACUGUUUACUCGCUCCUGGACACGCUCAGCCCGGGCUACAGAGAGGCGUUUGGGAACGCCUUGCUCCAGCGGCUGGAGCGGCUGAAGCAGAGCGGACAGUAAAAAAAGCACCAAGACCCUGCAUAAGUCGUACGAGCCGGUGGCGACGUUCGGAUAUGAGCCAAUAAUAACCGCGUGGUCAAAUACCCUAGCCUAAUAUGUGAUGUCUAACUGCCUAGCUGCCACUACAAAAAGGGUGACCCUGCCCUAUCAACUUCAGCUUUUGUUCCGAGCUCAUGCCAUUCAGUGACUUCAUGUUAGGUUUAGUGAUUGCUGCUGCUUGGCUCCGUUGGGAUCUGUUGCGACAUUUUGUUGCUCACGUUUCACUGGAAAGAUCUUUCAACAAAUUUGUAACAGUGCACAUUAUUCAGGAUUUCUGCUCCUUUUAUACUCAUUGAAAAAAAACAAAAAAUAAAAACAAAACAAAAGCUCUGAGUAAGUAUUGAGUAUAUUGAUAGAGCUCCAGUUACACCUCCUGCCUUGCUUGCACUAAAGCUGUGACCUGAUAUCUGCUCAAAUAUAACCGACUAUUUUUUAUUCAGCAGGUGUGAAAGAGUUAGAGCUGUAGUCUCACGUAAAUACUGCCUUAACGACUGACUUUUAAGAACUUAAACGAGCUCAUUAACUUCCGUUUUACUUGGCUGAGGUAUUGGUAUGCUGUGGGGCUCUCAUCCCUCGUGGAUAACGAGGUCAGAAACAAUAGAAACUUAUUUCAAAAGCUCUGAUUACUUUGUAAAAUAAGGGCACACUAUUCAGUCGCACUCGUUAAGUUGUGUUCAUACAUCACUUAUAUUUCUUCCUCUUUACUGCACAGUGCAUCUCAAGCUUGAAUUUUAGAUGUUAGCUGUAAACGUGAAACUUUUUGUUGUAUUCAGACUUUUAGUUCUGGUAAUAUUUGAAAGGGUCGUGUAGAGCUGCUUUAGCUUUAACAUAACAUACAAUUUACAGUACAAGUGACAUUUGACUACAGUGUUAUCUACUUUAAGAAAACUUCUUCCUUCUGUGUUCAUACUUUCAUUCCUUGCUUUGGGCCUUUACUCAGACCAAUAAAAUCUCAGAACUGU